UUUCAAUUCAAUCUCCUCGGAAAUCUAUCGAGUAGCGGAGGAGAGAGAGCUGCGGAUUACCAAUACAUCCCCAAACACACCGUCCUUUUCUCCCUUGGUAAGUUACACGGGAAACAGUGGUUUUCUUGGAUUUCCGAUCCCUCUUACCGGCGUAGUUGAUUGAGGUUGCCAGAAGAAUUUCAAUCACGGCUUUACUUGAAACCCUCGCUCACCCCUUCCAACCCCCAACCAUUCCUCCUCGUCGGAGAGGUUUGACUUGCAACCGACCGGUGGACGACAAGCACCGGAUCCCAUCCCCGCACGGCGGUCGGGGUGCCUUGCCCUCCGAAGGCGGCUGCCCCUCCGAUCUCCUCUUCCUAGCCGGCGGCGGCGGUUUUCUCGCCUCUUGCUGACUCUAACUGUAUAAGUUUGGUGUGGACCUUAUUUUUUUUUUACGUAUCUGAUUUCAUUGUAGAGGAGUCCACAGGAAGAGAGAGAGAGACAGACAGAGAGAGAGAGAGAGAGAGAGAGAGGCAUAUUAUAGCGUCCUAUGGUGUGUAUAGAGAGGAUGUUGACUAUUAAGAGGGUGCCCACGGUGGUUUCCAACUACCAAGAGAGUGGCUCUUCGGAAGACCUCAAAAGCAGGGCUGAGGGCUGCGGCCGCAAUUGCCUCGGAGACUGCUGUUUGCCUGUUUCCAAGCUACCUCUAUAUGCUUUCAAGAAUGAUGAGCAUGAGAGAGUUGAGGACAUACAUGGAUCUUGUAAUGGACGGUGUCCUCAAAGGUCCUCUUUGAACAAUCUCUUGCUAGGACAGUGGGAGAAUCGUAUGAAUAGGGGGCUUUUUAGGUAUGAUGUGACCUCCUGCGAGACAAAGGUCAUUCCGGGGAAGUAUGGUUUCAUUGCGCAGCUGAAUGAGGGACGUCACCUUAAGAAACGGCCAACAGAAUUUCGUAUUGACAAGGUUCUUCAGCCCUUUGAUGAGAACAAAUUUAAUUUCACUAAAGUGGGUCAAGAGGAAGUACUCUUCAGAUUUGAGCCAAACAAAGGCAAGACAUCGUUUUACUUCCCUAGCUCCCUUGCUGAUUCGGAGAAAGACUCACCGAGUGUGGUUGCAAUCAAUGUGAGUCCUAUUGAGUAUGGACAUGUGCUUCUGAUACCCCGUGUCCUGGAUCAGUUACCCCAGAGAAUAGACAGGGACAGCCUCCUGCUUGCUUUUCACUUGGCUAAAGAAGCUUCAGACCCCUUUUUCAGAGUAGGUUAUAACAGUUUGGGUGCCUUUGCCACCAUCAAUCACCUGCACUUUCAGGCAUACUACUUGUCAGUGCCUUUUCCAAUUGAGAAAGCGCCAACUUGCAGAACAAUGAGUAGCAAGGGGUCAUAUGAAACUGGGGUGGUGGUCUCUAAGCUGCUGGAUUAUCCUGUGCGAGGUCUUGUUUUUGAGGGUGGAUGUCAAUUGCAUGAUUUAUGUGAUGCUGUUGCCAGUUCUUGCAUUUCCCUUCAAAACAACAAUAUCCCUUUCAAUUUACUAAUUUCUGAUCGUGGAAAGAGAAUCUUUCUACUACCGCAGUGUUAUGCUGAGAAACUAGCUUGUGGAGAAGUAAACCAGGAGCUCCUGGACACUCAAGUGAACCCUGCUGCUUGGGAGAUAAGUGGGCACAUGGUGCUUAAGCACAGAAAAGAUUAUGACGAGGCAUCCGAACAAUAUGCAUGGAGGCUUCUUGCUGAGGUUUCUUUGUCAGAGGAGAGAUUCCAAGACGUGAAGCAGCUUGUUUGUGAGGCAGCUAAUUUGCAGCCAGAGGACGAGUAUAACAGCAUACAGCCGGAGGCCAGAUAUGAUUCCACUAGUCCACAAGUUACCACACAUCUCCGUCAGGGUUGUCUUGUGCUGCAUUAAAUAGUAAAAUUCUGUGUGUGGGGCUUCCAACAUGAAGCACCUUUUGUUUGUCUUUUAUUGGUAAGUGUAGUUGGUGUAACAACUUUGUGAAAACAACCUGCUGCUGUGUAAGCUUUUAGCUGCAUUAUAAGAUCCUGUUGGAAUUGUGAUCUUCUAUAGGAAGAUGUGUAAACAAAUGCUUCUAUGAGUGGGUGUAUAAUUGAAUGGCAUGGCGUGGCAUGUGUUGCCCUUUGAUGUUCUAUAGGAACAUGAA